UCGUCGUUGCCUCUCAGUUACGGUGACGCACUUUCGUUCCUCUCCCAAAGCGCGUCUCAGGCUUCGAUUCUUAUCGAAUGGGUUCCGCUUCGUUGCUGGAAACACUGUCCCUCUUGAGGGAGCCGCCUAAGCGGCCGCACCCUCCUCUCUACCUCCUCCGAUGGCAUCCUCUCGUCCGGCUUCCGCAGCCACGAUUCCCCCAUUAUCGAGCUCUCAAGCACGUCGGAUUCUCCCUCAGAUGUGCUCUCGUGCCACCGUCCGGAGCCGAAGGCAGGAGGGAUAAGAAGGAGGGCCUUCUAGAGUCGGCAUGGAGCACGGUGCUCGAGGCCAUGGAGAGGAUCAAAAAGCCGGCGGCUGCCCUUAUCUUGAUCGGCGUUCUCCUCACUGCUGAUCCCCAUGGGGCCCUCGCGGCGUCCGGAGGAAGGAUGGGUGGGAGGGCUUUCUCUUCUUCGUCCUCUCGUUCGCACUCUUCCUCUUCCUGGAGCUAUUCCGCUCCUCCCAGCUCGAGUUUCUCGUACUCGGCGCCCUACUAUGCGCCGUCUCCGUUCGGAGGUGGGUUCUACUUCGGGCCGGCUUUUGGUGCGGGAUCGGGGUUCUUCCUCCUUAUGAUGGGAUUUGCUGGGGUGAUUCUGCUCUCUGGGUUUCUCUCGGACAGGGACAAUGAUGGAAGCGUCCUAACGGCCACGCAGAAGACCAGCGUCAUCAAGCUUCAGGUUGGCCUAUUAGGCAUGGCACGAUCAUUUCAGAGGGAUCUUGAUAACAUAGCUGAAGCUGCAGAUACAUCUACACCAGAGGGAUUGAAUUAUGUUUUGACAGAAACAACAUUAGCUUUGCUUCGUCAUCCGGACUGUUGCAUUUCUGCUUAUUCUUCUGUGGAUAUAAAACGAAGUAUAGAAGAUGGGGAGAGGCGUUUUAACCAGCUUUCAAUUGAGGAGCGUGGUAAGUUUGAUGAAGAGACACUGGUAAACGUGAACAGCAUUAGAAGGCAAAAGACAAGUAAUCUAACAUUCAAAGGUUUCAGCAAUGAGUAUAUUGUGGUUACAAUUCUGGUUGCUGCUGAGGGUGUAUACAAGCUUCCUGUCAUAAACAGCAGCAGUGACUUGAAAGAAGCACUGCAGAAGCUCGGUUCCAUUCCUUCAAGCAAAACAUUGGCCGUGGAGGUCCUAUGGACCCCUCAAAAUGAGAACGACACGCUUUCAGAACGCGAGCUAUUGGAGGAUUAUCCAUUGCUGAGACCCCUCUGAUGACACCGCAAACAUGCCACGAUAAGGCGUAUGCCCUAUUCAGUAUAUACCCGUCUGAGUUAUCUCUUUUGUUUAUUAUAUAUGAAAGUUCGUUCAAAAAGAAUAUUUGUAUAGUACUAGACACUCCCCUAGGAUCAAAGCAAACAUGAUAUACCUCAGAAGUAAUUGAUGCAGGAAGCUCCGGAGAUAUUUAUUAUUA